AUGUUGCAGUCAAUGUAAGCUUCAUUUUUUAUUUUUUUACGACGGCUUUUUAGUGAUUUUACUUUUUGUGAAUUUAAAGCCUUCGAUUUCUAAAGAAAAACUCAAAAUUUUAAAAGUUGAUAGAUGGUUCAUUAGAUUUUCGAAAAUUCUUGUAUUGCAUUUUUAAAGGCAUUAUACUUGUAGUGACAUGCGAAGUCAGCAAAUCGCUCAAUUGACGGAGAUCUUGGUGGAAUCGUGCGUGAAUCAGACGGAAGAACAGAACGAGUUAGCUAAAGAGUUGGACCAGCUAAUGACAAAGGCUGCUAUGACUAGUCCAAUGACUUAUGAGUACGUUUUGCUUUCAAAUUUUGAAUUUGUAAGCUAUGUUUGGCUAAAACAUAAUUUUGUUAAAUUAAAAUUUUUUUUUAAAUUUUAAAAUAAAAAAAACUUUUAAGAAAAUUUGUUUUGAGAGAAAGAACAGAAUUAUUUGAACAACCUAACAGUUCUCAAUUUAUUUUUUUUAGAUUCCUAUCAUCACCAAAAACAAAAUUCCGAACUUCCCCCAAGAAAAACACACCCAAACUUGUCAGGUCACGUCACAAUUCGGUCGGAACAGCCCUCCAACCAUCAACUCCAGUAUCAAAGGCUAAAAUAAUCAAAAAGGCCAAAAAGCCCACCUCACCCAAGAGAAGAUUGUCAUCAACAGAUGAGCCCAGAUUCUAUGCAGAAACAUUUAGUGCUCCGACUAGCCCAAGCACUUCUGGUAUCUUGUUACACGAGAACUUGAUCAACAUACCGUCGACUUCUCAUUCACCACCGAAGAAGAUUAUAGAGUUUGUGGAGGAGAAGAAGGUGGAUAAAGUGGCACAGAUCCUCAAGGCUAUAGAGGUGAGUGUUGUGUUAUUGCACUAUUUUUCGUGAGCCAUGAUAGAGUAUAAGAGUGUAAUGUAAGUUGUUCAAAUAAUACUGCACCACCUAAUCCUACAAAUUUGCUUUGAGAAGGGCUCAGAAUUAUUUGAACAACUUUAAUGUGGCACAAAGUUGUAAAAAGUGACUUUGUAUGUUAGGAAAGUAACGUUUUGUAUAAAUAAUUCAUUUUUAGAUGUCAUCAGAUGACUUUACGGUAAUGGUACUGUGUAAAUUAUUGGAGGGCUAUGUCACUGUUGGAACAAAAGCAGGUAAGGAUAAGAAGGGCAAAAACGGUUGUUUUCUUGUUGUUAAACAAAAAAGUUUGUUUUGGGUAACAAAUAUUUGAAAUUGGCCAAAUUUGUUACCUAAAAUUCUGUUUUUGCCUUUACUGAAUUUGAGAAUGAUUUCUUGUCGGUUUUACAAUUUUCCAAAAUGAAUUUCAGUUACUAUUACUGGCUUUCAAAAUGAAAAUUUCUAGUUUUUCUUUAAAAGCUAUUUAAGUUUUUUUUUAAAACCUAAAAAUGACUUUUUCAGUCCGGCAACGCCGACUUCGCCACAUGAUCCGCAUCGAUGCAGCCACAUACUUUUUCCGAUGUAUAAAAGCCAAUUGCCAUAUCCCGGAGCCAAGCCCUUUCAAAGUAAUCGCCAAUGAUCAAUUAAUGACUACUGUCAUUCGGAUUUGUGUCAAAGAUACAAAGUUUUUGUUGAAAAUUAGGAUUAGUGGAUUGUUGAAUGACUUAUGCGCCAGAAUCUUGGAAGUCGACAGAAUCUUCUGCACUAUUGCCUUGAUGAAGUUCACCUGCAGGGCGCUGAAGUCGCGUAAGUUUAAAAGAAUUUUUAUAAGCUUAAAUUAUGCUAGGUAGUUCAAGUAAUUCUGUGCCUUCAAUUAGGAAAAUUUGUUCUGAGAGGAGGCUCGGAAUUAUUUGAACAACCUAAUCUGUCAUAGAAUCGUAAAAAAGUUGAUAGUGUUUUCAUGAUUUCUUUUUUUUUCUCUGUAGGUAUAGGGAGGUUAUAAAGCUAUAGUUUUGAAAAGUUGACAACUUGUGAUACGACAAAAGAUAAUACAAGAUUUCAAAAAGUUUGCUAAACUGCAAAACCACAAAAAAAUUGUGCAAAUCCAUGCUAAAAUUUGACGUUUUUCAAUGUGAAGUGGUAUUGUGAAGAAAAAACAAACGAUAAUUACACACUCAAAGCCGUAAGGUCAAAAUUGUUUGCACUACAAAGUGAGAAUAUUAAUAAAUAAACCCAGCGUUCUACUAACACAAUAUCGACAACGUUCGUAUAAAUGUUUGCUUUGUUCUAAACUUUGUUUUAUCAUCGGUUUGGACUAGAACUGUAAGUUGUUAUAGAACUUUAGGGGUUUAAACUGUAAUUUUUUUCUAUUUUUCACAAUUACUACAAGAGAUUAUCAUUGCUGUUUAAAGUGUACAGGUCUUGUUUAUAGGUUCUAUUUACAGCUAUUGUGAUAAGAAAGAAGUGUAAACCAUGACGGUAAAAGAACGAAUAAACAGUAGAAAAGCUGGAUGCUACGGAAGUUUUGUAAGGCCAUGCAAUGAUGGCAAUGAGCCAAAAAAGGAGAUACGUUCUUUUUCUAGUACAGCCUCAGUACCAGAAAGACCGCAAAAACAGGUAGCCCAAAGAAAUGUCAAUAAGAAGCCGGUUGCAGAAGUCGAACCAAAUUUUAGAAAUCAAGACCAAGCGAGGAGAAGUAGAAGUCAACAAAGUCGACCACAAGAAGCUAAAGCUUCUGAACAUAACACUGUAAGUAGGACGAUGAAGGGUUUACAGCCUGCAAAUGCUCAUGCGUUAGAUCAACCUAAAGCUCAAAUUCAACCUAAAGUUAUCACUGAUAAAACCAUGCUAACAACUCAUGGAACGAAUCCAACUUUAAGUCUUCAAAGAUCUCCAAGUCAGACUAAUAUCAAAUGCCCUAAAAAUGACUCACAUACUACAUUCGACACCUUAAACCACUAUAAAAUCCGACAUACGACUGAUUUAACAAGUAAUGCCUUUGUAAAAGCCGACCGAAAAGACAGAGUCAUAUUUUACGGAGUAAAUCUACGUGACUUCAAACUACCGCCCAGAACAGACAGCAGAUCAAGAAGUAUAACAAGAGAUUGUCGUAGAUUUGACGUACCUAGACGGAGUAGGUCGUGUGACAAAGCUACUGUAAGUAUCGAUGAAAGUUUGUUCAUAUCAAAAAGAAAACGCGAAUUCAAUGAAGUUCUGGGUAAAGCCAGGAAGAGUGGAGAGCUGAGCUUUACGAAAAGUGGAGAGAACAAACUCCAACAAUUGAAAAGCUCUACAAAAACGACAAAGGGCAAUAUUGUACCCAAUAUUAAGAUGGCCAAUGAUAUUGACUCAUUUUGUUUGGAAUUUUCAAAAAGAAAAGAUAAGCCUAAAAAGAAGAACGUUCUUCAGGAUGAAAAAGCGUUAGAAGUAAGAACAAGUAGUAAGGAACUAGAAGACGCUACUAUAAAGAAACCAAGAAACGUAGCUGUAGUAAAGCCUACAUACAGAAUUACCGAAAAGAAGAUUGAAAUUAACACUCCGUCAAAACGUAAACGAGUAAUAAAGAGUAAAGUCAAGGAAGAAAAGUGGAGCCAAACUGAUGUGAUCAAGUUUGAUGUUGAGUUGUUGAACAGAACUACAAAGGCAGGUUAG